UUUAUCUCAUAUCGGCUUUUACCUUCAUGUUCUCACACUUUGUCGCCUUAGAUUUUCUUUCCAAACAAGCCUCGUCCGAAAAGCGACGAGAAAAUCUUAGAAAAUUUCACUCUUCGGUUCUCCCGGAUUGAAGAAAACCUUUCGGAGGCUGGAGAUCACCACCGUUUCAACGGAGUUGGACCCGUUCACUGAGACCGCAAAGUCCGGUUUGGUUUUUAGAAGAUAGGUUUGUCUAGGGUUCGGUAAUCGGGUAAAAAGAAGAAAAACGGUGGCUGCUGCCUAAUGCGAUUUGAUGCCGUCUGAACCGUUGCCUUGGGAUCGGAAGGAUUUUUACAGGGAGAGGACGCACGAGAGGACGCAGUCGCUGCCUCAGCAGUCACUGACAGAGCGAUGGAGAGAGUCCUCUUCGAUGUCGCCUUAUCAGCAUGGGUCUUUUAGAGAAUUUACUCGUUGGGGAUCCGGCGACUUCCGUCGCCCUCCUGGCCAUGGUAAGCAGGGCAGUUGGCACCUGUUUGCUGAGGAAAAUGGUGGUCAUGGAUAUGUCCCAUCGCGACCAGGCAACAAGAUCUUGGAUGAUGAGAAGUUCUGUCAUUCAGAUCCUCGUGUAGAUGGGAAAUAUGCUCAAAACAGUAGGGAAAACAACAGUGUGUCUUAUAGCCAGAGAGAUUGGAGAGGUCAUUCUUGGGAAAGCUGCAAUGGGUCCCCAAGCACUCCUGGGAGACCUCAUCAUGUUGAUAAUGAGCGGCGGUCGGUGGAUGAUAUGCCAUCCUACCAUUCUCAUACUCAUUCUGACCAUGUAAACUCAUGGGAUCAAAUUCAAAAAGGCCAGCAUGACAAUAAGACAAGUGCUGUAAAUGGGUUAGGCACCGGACAAAAAUGUCAAAGAGAGAAUUCAGUAGGCUCAAUUGAUUGGAAGCCUCUGAAGUGGAGUCGUUCUGGAAGCUUGUCUUCACGGGGGUCAGGCUUUAGCCAUUCAAGUAGCUCAAAGAGCUUAGGAGGUGUAGACUCUGGUGAAGGGAAACUUGAGUUGCAAAAGAAAAAUUUGAACCCCAUCCAGUCUCCUUCUGGGGAUGCAGCAGCAUGUGUCACAUCUGUUAGACCUGUUGAGACAAUGUCAAGAAAGAAGGCACGCCUUGCAUGGGGUGAGGGUCUGGCCAAGUAUGAGAAAAAGAAAGUUGAAGGCCCUGAUACCAGCACAAACAGAGGUGGUGCUACGAUUUCUGUCCGAAAUACAGAGUUGAAAAAUUCUCCGAGUUCUAACUUGGCAGUUAAGAGUCCUAGAGUCCUUAGAUUUUCUGACUGUUCUUCUCCUGCAACUCCUUCAUCUGUUGCUUGCAGUUCCUCACCUGGUUUGGAAGAAGAGUCAUUUAGCAAAUCUGCAAAUAUUGGUAAUGAUAUUACUAAUUUAUGCGGUUCUCCAAGUAUUGGGUCUCAAAAUCAUCUAGAACCCUCUUUUAAUUUAGAAAAGUCGGAUAUCAAUUCAAUUAUUAAUAUGGGCACUUCUCUUAUUAAUUUGCUUCAACCUGAUGAUACAGUAGAUUCUUGUUUUGUUCUCUCUACUGCAAUAAGCAAGUUGCUACUUUUGAAAGGUGAUGUUUUGAAGGCUUUGGAGAUGACUGAAUCUGAAAUUGAUUCACAUGAAAAUGAAUUUAAGUCUUUGAAAGGUGACACCAGACAGGAAUGUCCUUGCCCAGCAACGUCUAGUUCUCUUCCUGUUGAGGAACAUGGGAAAGCUCGUGGGGAACCAGAGGCUGCGUCCGGUAUGAUCUCUCGACCUGCCCCUUUGAAGAUUGAUUAUUGUGAUGCUCUUGUGGAGAACCUGCACCUUUCUAAUGGUUCGCUGGAAGAAGUUAAUGAUGAUGUUAAAGUUGGGGAUAUUGAUAGUCCUGGAACGGCAACAUCUAAAUUUGUGGAACCAUUGUCUUUGGAGAAAGCAGUUUCUCCAUCUGAUAUUGUCAAAUUCCAUGAAAGUUCUGGUGAUUUGGGUUCUGUUCAAUUGAUGACAAUGGAGGAAGUGAUUUUACGUACUGGUUCAGGUAAUGAAGGGACUGCGACUACCAUUUCUGCGGAAGGCAGUGUGCUAAAAAAGAUUGAUAAUGAUGCACUUGUUUCAGAAUCUUCAAGCUCCGAUGCUAGUGGAGAGAAAAUUAUGUACGAAACAAUAUUGGCCACUAAUAAGGAAUUGGCUAACGUAGCUUCUGAUGUAUUUAAUGAACUAUUGGCAAAAAGUUUCAACGGCGUUGAGAUUUCUGAAAUUGCUAAUGUAGCGUGCACACAGUCUGAUACUGCAAUCAGGGAAAAAAUUGCAAUGCGGAAGCAGUACUUAAGAUUUAAGGAGAGAGUUCUGACAUUUAAAUUUAAAGCAUUUCAGAAUGCAUGGAAGGAAGAUAUGCGUUCGCUUUCGAUGAGAAAAUGCUGUGCAAAGUCCCUGAAGAAGUAUGAAAUAAGUUUACGUUCAACUCAUGGUGGCUACCAAAAGCAUCAAUCUUCCAUUCGUUCUCGAGUUGCUUCUCCUGCUGGAAAUCUGGUCCUGGAACCUAGUGCUGAGAUGAUCAAUUCUGCUAGCAAACUACUACCAGAUUCCCAUGGAAGGAUUCACAGGAAUGCUUUGAAAAUGCCAGCAUUAAUUUUGGAUGAGAAAGAGAAGGUUUCAAGGUUUAUCUCUAGUAAUGGAUUGGUUGAAGAUCCAUUUGCUAUUGAGAAGGAAAGAGCUUUGAUCAAUCCUUGGACAUCAGAGGAGAAGGAAAUUUUUAUAGAUAAAUUGGCUGCCUUUGGGAAGGACUUCAGAAAAAUUGCCUCCUUUCUUGAUCACAAGACUACUGCAGACUGUGUGGAGUUCUAUUACAAAAAUCACAAGUCUGAAUGUUUUGAGAAAACAAAGAACAAGAAUGAUCUCAAUAAGCAGGGGAAGUCUGCUGUGAAUACCUACUUGUUGACAUCAGUGAAAAAACAGAGCUGUGAAAAUGCUGCAUCCCUUGAUGUUCUUGGUGCAGCUUCAGUUAUAGCAGCUCAUGCUGAAAGUAGCAUUCAAAACCGGCAUAAAUCUUCUGGUAGGAUCUCUUUAGGAAGGCAGUUUGAUUCUAAAACAUCUCGAGUUGAUGAUAGCAUUGCUAUAAGGUCAUCUAAUUUUGAUAUUGUUGGAAGUGAUGAAGAUACUGUUGCUGCUGAUGUUUUAGCAGGUAUAUGUGGUUCUUUCUCUUCAGAGGCAAUGAGUUCCUGUAUCACUAGUUCUGUUGGUCCUGGAGAGAGUUACCAUCAUGACCGGAUGUGCCACAAAGUUGAUUCUGUGGUAAAAAGGCCUUCAACAUCUGAUGUCUUGCAGAAUGUUGACGAGGAUACCUGUUCAGAUGAGAGUUGUGGGGAAAUGGAUUCUGCUCAUUGGACUGAUGAGGAAAAAACCAUCUUUAUACAGGCUGUCUCCUCUUAUGGUAAAGAUUUUGAAAUGAUUUCACGUUAUGUUGGUACAAGAUCCAAUGAUCAGUGCAAGAUUUUCUUUAGCAAGGUCCGUAAAUGCCUUGGACUCGACUUGAUGCAUCAGAGAACCAGAAACUCAGGUACUCCCAUGAGUUAUGAUGCCAACGGUGGUGGAACUGAUACAGAAGAAGCUUUUGUCCUAGAGAGCUCAGUUAUUUGUGGUGAUAAGUUGGGAUCUAAUGUGGAAGACAACUUGCCUCCCACUAUCGUGAGCAUGAACGUGGAUGAAUUGGAUCCUACCACAGAGGCGAGUUUGCAAACUGAUUUGAUCAUAGCAGAGGGAAAUGAUAGGAGGCUAGUAGAUAGCAAAAAUUCUGAGGCAGUGGAAGCUAUUUUUUCUGAUGUAGACCAGACGGGGCCAAUUUCCGAAGGUGGUACUGAUGAUAUGGAUGUUGAUAACCAGGCUGAGUCACUACAGGUUCAGAAAAGUGUUGCUUUGGCCAAUUUAAAUACUCUAAGAAAUCUCGUUGUUGAACAAGGUGUUUCCCUUGCAGUAUCAGCAUCUCAUGGGGGGACAGUUGAUCCUUGUCUUUCUAGUUUAGAUGCAUUGGUUGAGCCCAAAUCUGAUGCUACUUGUUUUAUUAAGGGGUUUGGAAAUAAUAGGGGGGCACAGAAAACUUUGUUGUCCAAAAAAUGUACGGAUGAACAUGAUACAAAAUGCAAUGCAGAGACUGGCAGUCAAAUUAUAUGUAGGCCGGAUUCAAAUGGAACUGGCGAUGGGUCCAUUGAUAAAAAUUUCAACCCUGAAGGUCUGCAUAAAGUCCCGCCUGAUUUAGGUUCCGCCGGGAAGCCUUCUAUCUUAUUAUUGCCAGAUGAAAGUUUGUUUGCUAAAAUUUCUUCAUUACAUGAUUCUGAUACUUCUCAAUGCGAGAACAUAUGCAACCAAGAUAGGUUGUCAUCAACACUUGCUUCUCCGGUGACUGAAGACAAACAGGCUCAUAAAGCUGUUAGUGGACACGAACCCGAGCAAUUUUCUGGAAAGCCUUUGGUGGAUCUUGCUGAUUUGCAAAUCUCAACUUUGAAAGAAAUAAAUGUUGAUGUCGGUUGUAGUCGGUUGCCUGAAGUUAAAAGGCAUUCAACAUCAGAUAGUGGUGUUACUGGCUUAUUUUUGUCUCGAGAUUAUCUUCAUAAGUGCAGUGGUCCAAAACCAGCAGCCGAGCUUCCACAACUGGUACAAAAAUUAGAGGUAGCCAACAGUCGGCAGAAAUCCCACUCUCGGAGUCUGUUGGAUACAGGAAAAUCUUGCAGGGAUGGAAAUGUCAAGCUGUUUGGUCAGAUACUCAAUUCCAGUUCCCAUGAUGAUGAAAAGGUGGCUCAUUUCUCGAAACAAAGUGCGGAAUAUUCAGAUCUAAACUUGUCAGGUCAUAACAGAAAUGGAAAUUUAUCGAAGUUUGAUCAAAACAUUAUUUUUGCACCCGAAAAUGCUCCCAAGAUAAGUUAUGGUUGUUGGGAUGGCAACAGGAUACAAACUGGGUUGUCAUCUUUGCCAGACUCUGCUAUUUUAGUGGCAAAGUAUCCUGCUGCAUUUGUCAAUUAUCCUUCAUCCUCAUCUGAAAGGGAGCAUCAGGCAUUGCAGACUGUUGUUCGGAAAACAGAGAGAAAUUUGAACGGCGUUUCAGUUUUGAUCCCAGGAGAAAUAAGCAGCACCAGCACCAUGAUGGAUUAUCAAGCGUACAGGGGGCAUGAUCGUACCAAGGUCGUACCAUUUGCUGCAGAUAUAAAGCAGCAUCAAGGAAUGUACUCUGAGAUGCAAAGACAAAAUGACUUUGAUGCAAUCUCACAUUUACCGCAGCAGGGAAGGGAAAUGGUUGGAGUGAAUGUUGUAGGGGGAUCCUGCUCUAAUCUUUCUGAUCCCGUGGCUAUGCUUCGGAUGCAGUUUGUGAAAACAGAACCAUAUGGUGGACAGAGUGGGAGCAGAAUGAGGGAAGAAGAGUCGUGUAAAGGUAAGGGAGACAUGAACAUACGCAGGUAGUAGAAACCAAAUUCCUCGGCAGCCAAAAUAGCUCUUUGCUGCACGCUGUAUAAUAGUUUUUAUUUUUUUUGAUGAAAAUCAUGACCCGGGGGGGGGGGUCCUUUUUUGUAGAAAGAAAAAAUAUAUUAGGUGCCUUUUGUAAUAUUUGUAGCAGCUGUCUUUGUACUUGUUGUAUUUGAUGGAAAAUACACAAAUAAUAUGUAAAAGAUUAGGAGGGGUAAUCCUGCUAUUUUGCUGUUUUUAGU